CUGCCAUAAUACUUUAUAAAAGAAGCACUACUCUUUGUUUUCGUUUUACGGUCUUACAAAUGUUUAAAUCGCAAUGUUUGCAAGGAAAAUAAACUUUGGAAAUUGACAAGUAGUCAGUGGAUUACCUCAGCAUGCUGAUUACAAUAGACAGCAUUUGAAUAAAUUGUUGUUCACGCUAAACUAAAGCUACCUGGCUAACAUUCGAAAAUGUCCUGCAAGCCACAGCUGAAAUGAAAACAGAAUGACAAGCCUGGGUGAUAAACUCCGCUAAUACGAUUGAACGGGACUCCUUUAUUCUUCACAGAGGGACCAUGAUACCCUGCAACUAGUGAUCUCAAUAUGGAGUUGUACUGGUACAUAGUGGUCAUCGUAUUCAUCAUCAUCAAGAUCUUCUUCUACGUGUGCUGGUACCGCUCACGUCAGAGACAGCUGGCAGCGUACCUCAACAACCCUCGUAAUGCCCAGAUAGUCAUCGUGGGAGGGAGGGCCUAUCUGCAUCAAACGUGUGAGAGACCGAAUACGUCUAUCUGGCCCAGUUGGUAUGGGGUUCAGGAUGAGGAGUCAGUGGGCGAGCCUUCCACCUCUCUCCCCCCGGCAGCAUCCUUCUCUCACAUGGACAUGCCUCCACCAUAUGAAGCCGUCUCUGGAGCUGAUGACCUGAAACCUCCUCCAUAUAGUGAGGUUGCCCAGAGUGACGCCAUGGACACUUCUCGCCCCUCCCACCACGCCCUUCUCCCUCCCCCUCUGUCUGAGGGUGGAGACUCUGCUAGCAUCAUCAGCGAAGCCCCGCCUCCAUACACCCCCCAGCCCCAACCGGCAUGAGGGCCCUGUCAACUCCAGCCAAUCACACUCGGAGGACCGACCCAGCUAGACCAAUCACGAACCCUGAUGCCAACCGACUCUUUACCUCCUUUCCAAGUGCUGUCCUCCUCCCUGCCUUCUCACCUCAGCGAUCCCUGCCAGCUAUGCUCACUCACUAAACCGAGAGGGCAGACUGUUGGUUUGGUUUUCUAGGUUUUAAAACAGUUUUCUAUUUUCUACUGUUUGAAAGUGAUUUGUUGUGAUGAAGAAUAUGAUAAAUAAUAAGAUAUAAUGUUGUGGAGUUGAUGGGGAGUUUGACUGCUGGACAACUCUUCCCUCUGGAACACCCCACUGCAUCAUGGGAACAAGAGAGAGAGGGCUAGAGGGAGUGAUUUACACAACAGCCAGCAGUGGAGAGGAUAAAGGCAACAAUAACGUCCAAUAUCGUCCAAUAUCCAAUGAGUCCAAUGACGGCCUUUAGUGCUGCGUCCAGACACCCAUUCCAGUGUCCCCAUCAGAGUUCUAUACUAAGCACCUUCUCAGAACGGAUUUAAAAGAGACUAUUCUGUAACAUCCAACAGCAUUUGCCUUAGAGAUUGAGAGAGAUCAAUGCAUUUCCAAGAAAUCUACGAGAUGAAAGAACCAUGUUGGAAAAAUGUAGUGGUUGAAUGUGAUGAUUAUUGUACAGUCACAGAACAAUAAUGAUCGCUAACAUCUUCAGUCCAUCGGAGCUCCAUCCCCUCUUCACUCUGUCAGUGGCUUGGUUAUGCCAUUUUGGCUAUUCUUAUGUCAUAACUGUUCUGUUAUUGCGUCAUUCCAGGGUCCAGGAGUUGUUUUUUCUGACCAAAAACUCUGGACCUUAAAGUUUAACUAGGGUCCAGUGUAAUUCCUAACCGUAGUCAUAUCCAUUCAUUGAAGAUUGCUGCUGUGUCAAUGCAGUCUGUGGGGUUACAGUAAAUAUGUCCCAAUUACAGUGAGCUCCAAAAGUAUUGGGACGGUGUCACAUUUGAGUUGUUUUGGCUCUGUACUUCAGCACUUUGGAUUUGAAAUGAUACAAUGACUGAGGUUAAAGUGCAGACUGUCACCUUUAGGGUGUUUUCAUCCACUUCAAAAUGACACAAUACAUUAUUUACCAUUCAUUUCUGUUGGGCACCAAAUCAUAUGAAACGCAACUAAAACAACCAGCAAAUGCAUCCAACAAAUUUGUAGUCACAAGCUUGAUGUAGUCAUUGCGUGCUGUGAAUAUGGGACCAAAUACUUAACUUUUUACAACUUUAAUACACAUAUAAGUGAAAUAGUCCCAAUAUGUUGGGUCCCCUAAAAUGUGGUGACUGUGUGCAAAAAGUGCUGUCAUUUCUAAACGGUUCACCCGAUGUGGAUGAAAAUACCUUCAAAUGAAUGCUCACUGUCUGCACUUUAACCUCAGUCAUUGUAUCAUUUUAAAUCCAAAGUGCUGAAGUACAGAGCCAAAACAACUCAAAUGUGACACUGUCCCAAUACUGUUGGAGCUCACUCUGAAUCUCCUUCCUCCCAAAGUGUGCAUUUGUUCAUUACCCUUCACUGAUUUGAAGAAAAUGACUGCUCUAAGUUGGUGGAAACUCCCACUAGCCAUGCCUCCACCAAUCCAAUGCUUUUAGAUUUGUAGCAAGUAGUGAGCGAGUGCACACUUCAGGAGAAAGGAGAUAUUAUUGGGACGAACCGUUAGUAUCCCAGCUAUCUGGUUCCUUCCUUCCCUUGGCUGUAAAUGGAUGAGCUAACAGGCCUGAUCAUGAUGACCUUUCAACAGGUUUUUGGUGUGUUUACAACGACAAACAAACAAUAACAAUGUUGUAAAAUGUGUAGUAAAGAAUACAGGGGGAACCUGGAGGAAGUAAUCUAGGGAAGUAAUCUAGAGACCCAUUUGAAACAUAACUUUAAGCAUAGAAUAGAAAGGUUGCCGAUGAGUUUAAAAUUACUUUAAAAUAUAUUGUUAUAUGAUAUGAUUAUGAUAAUCUUCCAUUUUGUGGUGACAAAUCAGUGUGUGUCUGUCCCAGAUUCAUAACCUUGCCACAUGCAUUAUGGAGAGUUUAACCCAGUUUGAUUCUGCAUUUCUGAGACUUGAUUUUGUUGUUGGGUAUUCAUACAUUUUGGGGAUUAAUCAAUUGUACAUUAAACAUAUGAUUACAUUCA